CGAAAGCAUCGUUAAGAUUUCGAGUGUCAAACAAGGCAACAAAUACUGGAUGAUACUCGCGAUUUCUUGUUAUUUUAUUUGUUUUCCUCGUUAUAAACAAUGAGAAUUAGCAAAGAGAUUGACAUUUAUCAAAACAAAGAUAUCGUUUCGGCACGAAAAGGACGUAACAAAAAAGAGAAGACGAUGUACACUUGUAGUGGUUGCAAAUACGAAAGUCCUCGACAAUACAACGUCCAAAGGCACAACGAAAGGAUUCAUUUAAGACAAAAGCUGAACAUUUGUUGCGGCGAGACUUUUUUCACCAAAGGGGAUUAUUACGUCCACUGCGAGUUGUGCCAUCCGGAGUCGCGAACGCACGCGAUCACAUCCAGGACCAAGUAUAAAAUCGUGAACAACGACGUGUUGCCGGCCUACCAACACAAUUCUAAAUGGCCGAGACAGAUAAUUGGUAAAUCGUACAACAUGCGACUGAGAUCGUCGAACAGUAUACGUAAGAACGAGCGCGUAGAAGAGUUGAGAACGAAAGUGAGCUACGAGUAUUCGGUGAGUUGCAGAGAGUUCGAUAUAGAGAACAUACCUUUGAUAAGUUUCCUCACCGAUCCACGAUUGAAGUCUCAAUGGUUGGAGCGUUUGUCCCCCGCCUCGAGCGCGAUCGACAAAGCGAAGCCCGAGGAGGAGGAGGAGGAGGGAGGGGCGAGUGAAACGGUGAAGAUCGAGAUCUCGUCGGAGCAAAAUAUCGAAAAGACCGUGUCCACGAACGAGGACGAGAACGUGAAACGGACGAAAGUUUCCGACUCGACUGUUUCGUCGCUCUCGCUCGAGUUGCCCGCCAAGAAGCUUAUCUUGCACCGGUUCAGAUCGAGCGUGCGUGAAUACGAGACCCCUUUGCGAGAACAGAAUUGGGACAACAAUAACAACAAUAAUAACGGUCAAAGGGGGUUGACGGAGAGAACGGUUAAAAGUGUCGCGCGGCAAAGAAGGGACAGGAGGUGCAAACGUGAUGAGAUGAUCAGCAAUAAGGAGAAUCUGUCGAAUUUUUCGUUCAGCAUGGAGCAACAGUUGAAUAUAAAAUUGGAUACGGGGAUCACGGUGCCCAUGGCCACUCAAGUGCACAGAGACUUCCUGGCAGCUAUCGAUUUCGACAAAUUUAAAAUAUUUUGAGAUUUUUUUUUUGUAAAAGAAUAA